AAAAGCCUGUGAGACUGUGACAAUGAUUAUAAAUAAAGAUCCUAACGUCACUAAUGGGUAUAGUGAGAGAGAAUAUACGAAAUGAGUUACGUUCUCCUACUCAUUAUAGACCCAAAUUUCUACGUAUUUUGGUGCUAAUUACUUUUGUAUCUUGUCUAAACAUGAAAGCUUAGUGAUGGGCAGGUGUGUUUUUAGGAAGAAAAGAGGUACAAAUUAGUGUUGGAGCGAACUAUCCCACCUCUUUACUUCUUCAAAGAUGCUCCGGAGGAUCUGCAUUGUUGUAAUCUCUCUGCUCAGCUCAUUUUCAUUUUGUCCUCUUGCUCUAGCAGCUCUCAACUUCACUCUGCCUGGUCAGCAUCCAUAUCCCGAACAGGUUGCUCAAGAUGUUCAUAGGAGAGUAAAUGCUUCUAUAACCAGAAGGCAAAUGCUACAAACAACCCAAAACGUCGACUCAUCGUGCCUAACAGGAAACCCCAUCGACGACUGUUGGAAAUGCGACCCAGACUGGUCCAACAACCGCCAAAGCCUCGCUGACUGCGCAAUUGGCUUCGGCCAAUAUGCUCUCGGCGGCAAGAACGGCGAAUACUACAUUGUCACCGACGACUCCGACGACGACGCCGUAAACCCAAAGCCUGGAACCCUGCGGUACGCGGUCAUACAAACAGAGCCCCUGUGGAUCGUCUUCCCUCAAAACAUGCUCAUCAAGCUUUCCCAAGAGCUCAUCUUUAACAGCUACAAGACGCUGGAUGGGCGUGGAGCUAACGUCCACAUUGUGGGUGGUGGGUGUAUCACAUUGCAGUACAUAAGCAAUGUCAUCAUUCACAACAUCCAUGUCCACCAUUGUUACGAGUCAGGCAAUGCUAAUGUGAGAUCAAGUCCAGAUCACUAUGGAUACCGAACAAAAUCAGACGGUGAUGGGAUAUCGAUCUUUGGUUCUAAAGACAUAUGGAUCGACCAUUGUUCCUUAUCACACUGCAAGGACGGUCUGAUAGAUGCGGUGAUGGGGUCCACAGGGAUCACCAUAUCGAACAAUUACUUCGCACAUCACAAUGAGGUGAUGUUGUUGGGCCACAGCGAUGAUUACUUGCCAGACUCCGGGAUGCAGGUGACCAUAGCUUUUAACCAUUUCGGACCAAAGCUGAUUCAGAGAAUGCCAAGGUGUAGACGCGGUUAUAUCCAUGUGGUCAACAAUGAUUUUACUCAGUGGGAAAUGUAUGCAAUUGGCGGUAGUGGAAACCCUACCAUUAACAGCCAAGGCAAUCGCUAUACUGCCCCUUCCGAUCGCAAUGCCAAAGAGGUAACCAAGAGAGUGGACACAGGAGAAGGAGAAUGGAAGGACUGGAAUUGGAGAUCAGAAGGUGAUAUAAUGGUGAAUGGAGCAUUCUUUGUGGCAUCAGGGGAAGGAGUAGAGGUUAACUACGAGAAGGCCUACAGUGUGGAGCCAAAAUCCGCUGUGAUGAUCGAACAGCUUACUAUGCAUUCUGGUACACUUGGAGUUGGUAGCAGGGAUAACAGCCUUGGCAUGUGGAGCACAGGACCCAAUGCAGGUGGAAACAACUUAGGAGGGCCGGACUAUACAGAUGAUAUGUCGGGGAGGAGCAUCCCACUGUCCCCUUCGUUUACUUUUAGUCUCUGCUUCUUUUUGUUGUCUCUGUCAUGCUUGUUAUUACCCCAAAUUAAACCUGACAUCCACCUUAUUAUCAUAAAUAAUUUAUGAUUAUUUGGGUUUAUCUACAUGUUCAUCAGCUUAACACUUGACAAAGACUUUAAUAAACCCCUGCAGGAUAAAAUUCUGCCAACUAAUUUUUCCAUA